AUGGAUCAAUUUAGUCAUCAGUUGAGCAGUUUGACUGAGUAUCUGAGAGCCAUGGGUCCUAGUAGUUCUGGAUCACGUGUUCUCCCACCUCCUCCUUUUACUUUCCCAAGCUCUCAGAAAAGCACAGCCCCAACCCCAGUCCCAACCCCAACCCCAGGUAGAAAACUUCCACCUAUUCUGCAGCGACCAGGACAACCACAGAGUUCUCAAAGGGAGGAUGAUUCUGAUGACGAUUUUGAUGACUCAGAUGAUUAUUUAGAUGACUAUGAGAUAGAUAGGAAUCAGGAGGAGGAGGAGGAGGAGGAGGAGGAAGAGGAAGAAGAGGAAUAUGUGCUAGAAUUUCCUAACCCUGAAGAGAGGAUUUGUUAUGCCCAAUUUAAUAUGUCGGAGAAGCAUUUUUUGAUUUUUCACCAAACACCUUUGGAUGCCACACAAAAAGAGGUUUCCAACCUCCAAGAUGAAGUGGUUGAUCUGAAGAAGGCCAAGGCAAGACUUGAGGCUGAGAAGGAGACCUUGAAGUCAGAUGUCGUGAGUCUUCACGAGAGGGUGAAGCUUUCUGAGGCUGUGUAUGCCAAAGUUGAGGGCUUAUAG